AUGUUUCACCAACCAUUCUAUCCUUCGCCGCAACAGGCAACAUCCUAUCACAAUCAUCAUGGCCAAAAUCAUUUCUACAUUCCAACACAAUCACCAUCCUUCUAUCGUUCUGGUCCUAUGCCAAAUCAAAGCAGUCAUCAUGUAAAUUUCAGUCGAACAUACGAAUAUUUUCCUUCGUCACCACUUCAUGGUUUUCCUUCGCCGUCACCUCGUGGUUUUCCGUCGAUGACACCAGGUAGUUAUGCAUUCAACGGUGUAAAAAGUCAACAACAUUAUCCGCGUGCACAAGCAUACCAUUUUCAAGAUAAAUCAACAUAUUAUUACAUGUCGGAGCCUAUCAUUACUAGUAAUAAUCGUAUAACUAUUCGAUUGACUAAAGUUCACACAGGAAGAAAUGGUGAUCAACAACGUGUAUUUGUUGAACAAGAAUUUAGUAAUCAACAUGAAUUGAAAAAAUUCGUUAAAAAUCUAAAACAUAAUUUCGAAAAAACAUUUAAUAAUCGUGCUGGCGGUGGUCACAGUAGUAAUGAAACUCUUGGAGAAAAUCAACAUUUACAUCGCAAAAAAUCAGGUCUUGUUGUCAUUGAAGAGCCGGACGAAGAGCCGAAAAUUUAUGAACAAAAAGUUUAUAACGAAAAUAUUGAAUCAAAACAUAAGCCAACUGAAGUUACAUAUCCAUUAGUGGAUGCAUCGAAAUUCGUUGGUCAUGAACAACAUCAACGGCCUACACAUGUAUCAUCAAGUUCAACGAUUUGUUUAAGCCGACGCCAGAAAAAUAAAAUGAAACACUAUCAACAAAAUCAAAAUAAUGAAAUGAAUAAAAAGAACAAAAAACAGAAUAAAAACCCAUCAAAUUAUCAUCAUCAUCAUCAUCAUCCACAGCAACAGCAACAACAACAUUAUGAAGUACCACCAAGAUUUCAACAACAAUUUUUCAAUAAUGAAAAUAUUUUUCGAAUGACAAACGAUUUUAAUUAUCAUUGGAAAUUCAAUCAGUAUCAACAGCCAUUACAUAAUCAGCCAUAUUCAUAUGUUCUACCGACGAAUGAAAAUCUUCCUCCAUCGACUCCAUCAGUUUUUCAUCAACCGCGAGAUCCCUAUUAUCAGUCAUCGACAUUGCCACAUUUUGCUCACUCAAACGAUCAAUAUCGGCCUCAGCAAACCCCGUCUCGUCCACGUCGCGGUAGAAAGAAUCGACGAAAUCAACCAACAACAAUUACAGAAAAUAUUACUUUUAAAAAGCCCGAUCAAGAACAACUACGUGUUCAGCGUACACGAUCGGAUUGUCGGGCGAAACCUCCAUUUCAAACUCGAAUUCGAACGUCUCAUUGUCUUGAUUAUGGAUUUCAUCCGACUCAACGAACGUUCGUUCCAUUUAUUCAGCCGCGAGCACCUAUAUUUUAUCCUCAAAGACGAUUAGUUCGAAAUGCACAAGUACAUUUUCGUUUAUUUAAUAUUUAUCGUCCGAAUUCGGUUCGUUUUUAA